AUCGGCCACCUUCCCCAUGCAGUGCUCCGCUCUCCGCAAAAACGGCUUUGUGGUUCUCAAAGGGCGCCCCUGCAAGAUUGUGGAGAUGUCCACCUCCAAGACCGGCAAGCACAGGCAUGCCAAAGUGCAUCUUGUUGGCAUAGACAUCUUCACCGGGAAGAAAUAUGAAGAUAUCUGCCCUUCAACCCACCACAUGGAUGUGCCCAAUAUUAAGAGAAAUGACUUCCAGCUUAUUGGGAUCCAGGAUGGGUACCUCUCCCUGCUUCAGGACAGUGGAGAAGUGCGGGAGGACCUGCGUCUUCCUGAGGGAGACCUGGGCAAGGAGACUGAACAGAAGUAUGACUGUGGCGAAGAGAUUCUGAUCACCAUGCUGUCCGCAAUGACUGAGGAAGCUGCUGUUGCUAUUAAGGCCAUGGGUAAAUAAAGGAACCACAGGGCAGCAGCAGCUCCACCUUGUUAUGAACCAGAGAGGAUCGCAACCCUCAGACUGGCUCGAUUUGGCUCCAAACCACCCAAAUCUUUUUUCUCUCUCCCUUUCCUUUAAAAAGCAA